AUGGAAGAUAAAACUGAGCAAAUCCAAGUACAAGUAACAAGUGAGAAGAAGAAGGACCCGAAGAGAGUAGCUGCAGGAAAACGGUUAGCUGCAAUCAGUAAAAUAGCAAAAAAGAGAAAAAAGAAACUUGCGGAACCAAAGGAGCCAUCCAACAAUGAUAGUAUAAUCACAUACAUAGGGGUGGCCAUUGCCCUAGUAUCUCUUGUGUUAGCAUUCAAGUCGCAUCAGAGGGAAAACAGGCAACCAGAACCCAAGCAAGCAACUGAGACUGUUAAAAUAGUCAGAAAAGAAGGCGAGUCAAAGUUAGAUUCACUAGAAUAA